AUGCUUUGGGCCUUGCUAUGUUCCUGUUUCAAAUUCCAGUUCGGUGAGUUGAUGCGCCUGGAAAAGGGACGAGAAGAAGUGUAUAAAGGGAGGAAACAUGUCGACUCAUUUUCUUUCACUCAAACACAUCAUCAAGUCUCAAGUCAAAAACCCCAAGCUACUCCAGUGAACCAAUCCUCAAUCUCAACAAUCAAGAUGUUCCAACUCAAGACCUUUAUCACCCUCCUCGCUUUGGGAGGUUUCUCCGCUAUGGCUGCCCCCACAGCAAAUGUGCCUGUCUCAGAGCACAGCGGAAUCUCUCGCCGAGAGGAUGCCUCCGUCUAUGCCUGUGAGCACAUCAAGAAUCGGGACUGCCAGGGAAGCAGCUACGACACCCAGGAGGAUCAGAAGCUCAACGAUGGAAACGGCAACUUCAACGACUCGAUCAGCUCUUGGAAGUGUUGCCACAAGGGAGGCUGCUUCGGCAACCGUGUGGCGGGCAACAGCAUUGAGAUUGAGAACAGCAACGCCGAGAUCAAGGCUCAUGUGUAA